AAUUUACAAAUGUUUUUGAAAAUAUGGAAGUGAAAAAUCUGAAUGUAGUAAAUACAAGAUUAAAUACUGUAUUUAAAAACUGCAGUAUUCAAGUGUAUUCUGAUACACUGACACAAAACAAUGUUCGUAAUGUCCAGAGAAGCGAAGUUACCAAAAUUAAAAACAGCAGACAAAUGGAAGUUGAUAAACAGAAUGCAGUAUCAACCAUCUUUGAGAAAACUAUCUUUAAGAACACAGUCUUUAAUAACUGCAGUAUUAAUGUGUAUACUAGUGAACCGACACAACACCAUGCUCAUAAUGUCCAGAGAGGCGAAGUUACCAAAAAUAAAAUCAACCGACAACUCAAAGUAAUUGAUCAGAAUCAAAUAACAGAUGAAUUACCAAAACACCGUGUUCGUAAUUUCCAUAGGGGCAUAGUUGCCAAAAAUAAAAAUCGUCGACGAUGUUACCGGUCCACCGAACCAGAAAGGCGGAUACCAGCGUUGCCACCACUGCCUAAAGAAGAGGAAGCAAAAGAAGAACAACGCGAACAACCUAUCGUCGACACAGUGGCUCAAAUCUUGGGAUUUGUAAAUGUGGCCACUGUGUUCUAUAAGUCAAAUCCCGGGACGAUGAUGCAAUGAACACCACCGACUGUCAGUUUCAAUUGGACACUGUUUCUUUAUUUAAUACAGUUACUUGUUUAUAGAUUUAAUUUAUUUUAUAUUUUUUAGGCAAAUCAUUUUAUAAACAUAUCAAUACUGUUUUUUUUUUUAUAUAUUAGUAAUUAGUAAAUUUAUUGAUACGUGUAAGGUGUAACACAUGAGAAAGUUUGUGUAUGUUAAUUAAUCUAAUGUAGUAUUUUGAUAUUUAAUUAUUAGUGUUAUUGCCUUAUUGCAGAUAGUGAUAUACUUUUGAACAUCGUAGUCAAGUGUUUGUAUUUUAAAAAUUCACAGUGAAAGCUCGAUAAAAGAAAAAAAAUAGAUGAUUGUGUCUGGUUAAUUUAAUAGAAUUAAAUUUAUAAUUUAUCUUCUUAUAAUAUUAAAACACAAUAGUACAUUAAGUACAAUAAGAAUGUGUAAUUUUAUGCAUUUUAAAUGUAUAAAAUAUGUAAUGUUCUGUAAAAUAAAAUGUAGUAAUGUAAAAUAUAAAAAAAA